AUGGAUGCAGCCGAUGACCGGGAAGUUAAACUUCAACGGGCUUCUAGUGAUUUGGUGACGGAGUUUUCGACAAAGCUGCCAUCGCUGCUGUGGAGAGUUCACAAUGGGACCCCUCUCCGUACCCCACGCAAAUGGGCGCCAGUAGCCAAGACAGAGAAGCUUGUCGGCCUUCUCGAACCUUUUCAAGAAUGGCCCCAGCUGCUAGACCCGCAUCUUCACAAGCUGCUACCUCCUUUAGUAGAUGCCUUCCUGGCUUACUUGCUGAAGCACCGUGGCCAGUAUGCUUCGAAAACGGCGAGAAAUUCACAGGGUGCUGCUCUUUAUCCGCUUCCAAGAGCCAUCUGCAGAUUGCUCUAUACUUUCUGCAAAGUCCGUGGUGUCAAGGUCAUCAGCCGGUUCUUGAACAAUGAGCCCAAGUACCUCGAUUCAAUGCUGCGUGCUUUUAUCGAAUGGGACUCACUGGGCAGCACAGAUACAGCAGAAGAUCUGAUAGAUGACGAGCCUCAGACUUUAAAAUGGGAAGAGCGUUAUAUGAUGCUAGUUUGGCUGUCGCAUCUUCUUCUCGCACCGUUCGAUCUUUCUUCGCUGUCAUCAGAAGAUAUUCCAGUCCCUUAUAAAAAUCCGAGCCAACUGGGUGAGCUUUCUCCACAGACUCCGAUGCUUGCGAAGUCAAUCUUGUCGCUGGCGUUGCAUUACAUCAAUACCUCCGGCAAGGAGCGCGAGGCGGGAACCGCCCUUCUGGCACGGCUUAUCCUGCGUGGGGACAUGCAAAGACUUGGACUUCUCAGCAGGCUAACGAGAUGGGCUUUCGAUACAAUGCAACCCGAGGAGAACGCGGAAGUACCAUCUGUCUACUCUUGCAUCGGUGUUCUUUCUUUCAUUGCCCGCCUAGCCGGCUCCGGUCAGGUUGAAGAUUUUGCUCCUAUGCUAAAAAGUGUCUUUGAGCAGACACUUAGCGUCUCACAAAGACAAUCAAAGGUGUCCUCAAUCAUUAAGUCAUCCGCCCUUGCGAGAAAGACCGUGAUCAAGAUCCUUCGCAAUAUCGCAGUCAUGGCUUUGUCGCUGAGCGAGCGUAAAGACAACAGCAUGACAGAUGAUCAAUUGACGAGCAUCCUAGAAGAGGUCAUUGACCAUUUCCUGGUCUCCUUGGCGGACAAGGAUACGCCUGUGCGACUCGCUUCGAGCAAAGCUCUCAGUGUGAUCACCUUAAAGUUGGAUCUAGAAAUGGGCGCUGAGAUUAUCGAAGCUGUCAUUGGCUCGCUGGGAGAGAACAUCCUCUAUGAAAAAGAGAACGGUUCUUUGGUGACGCCACUAGAGGCACUCAAAACUGGCAUUGAAACUUUCAAGCGUAAUCUUAGCGCUGUUGAUGCACAGCGAUGGCAUGGCCUAGUCCUUACUCUGUCCCACCUACUUUUCCGGCGUGCGCCUCCACUCCGGCAACUUCCGGAUAUUCUUCAUUCUCUUGUUCUGGGUCUCGUAUUCGAGCAGAGAUCAUCGACAGGCAGUUCCGUGGGAACGGGCGUGCGGGAUGCUGCCUGCUUUGGUGUCUGGGCCAUGUCUCGGAAGUACACCACUUCGGAGUUGCAAGCGUUGCCGGCGCAAGUCAUUCCUUCAAUUUCUGGCAUUAGCGAGGUUGGGGUUCUACAGAAGUUGGCUGUUGAACUCGUCUGCUCUGCUUGUACGGACCCCUCUGGCAACAUUCGACGCGGUGCUUCUGCCGCCUUACAAGAGUUGAUCGGCCGUCACCCAAACACCAUUACCGAAGGCAUUCCUUUGGUGCAGAUUGUCGACUACCAUGCCGUUGCGCGGCGCUCACGCGCUAUGAUUGAUGUGGCGAAAGCAACAGUCUCUCUAGAUUCCAUGUACUGGAGUCCGCUUUUGGAGGCUUUGAUGAAUUGGCGAGGUAUCGGUUCUCCUGAUGCUGAGUCCAGGAGACAAGCAGCUCAAUCAAUCGGAACAUUGAGUGCACAGGAAAGUCUUGAGACGAUGGCUGUGGUUUUACGACGUCUUUUGCUGAGACUUCCUUGUAUUCCUCGAAGUGAUGUGGAGUCGCGACAUGGCUGUUUCCUGUCUAUCGCAGCUGCAAUUGAUGCUUUUGUUCUUGAAGUAGAAGCAUCACCAACCAGGAGGGAAACACCUGAAGGGAAAGAGGUCUUGUCUCAGAUAUCCAAGAUAUGGAACAUUUUCGGGUCUCCGACUGGCCCUACCGACAAUGACCUAACCUUCCAGAAUUCUCGCCCUGAAUUGACAUCAGAGGCAUCAUGCUGUCUGAUUGCCUCGAUUUCUCGUUCAGCCGUCUCUGUCGGCCAUGGCCAGCCCUCGGAUGCUGUGCUCGAUAGGGUCUUGCGCGUUCUGUCACUUUGUGUCUCUCGAAGUGACGAUAUUUCAAUUGAGAGGUCGUCGGACGCUUUAUCCACAAUUUUCCCGCUCUUAACACCGCUCAAGCAGCGGGAGACGGUGCAGGAGUGGAUUUCUUAUCUGCAUAUUUCGUCAAGGUCACCAAGCGGUCGUGGCCAAAUUCUAGCACUCGGUGCAGUUUUCAAGCAGCUUCAAGGAUCACAUGAUCUGCAAAAUAGUAUCAUUGAGGAAGUACUUCGGUGCGCAGAGAAGGAGGAGUUGAUUGAAAAGCGAGUAGCUGCUGUAAAAUGUUUGGCUGCCAAUAUUUUGCCAUACACAAGCAAGUCCCUCCCCGCUUCUGGCUACGGAGGACUCAGGACUAACCUUCCAUCAGCUUCUACCGAAUUGAUGGCCACUGGCGUGAUCAGCUUCCUCAACGACUACACCACGGAUAGACGAGGUGACGUCGGAUCUCUUAUUCGAGUGGAAGCAAUUCAGGCUGCAGGUAUUAUCUUACAGCAAGAAUCUUACACAGCUUUACACUCGGAACUGGCCAAAAAACUGGUUGGUUGUAUUUGUCGCCUUGCAUCUGAGAAGCUUGACAAGGUCAGACUUCAGGCAUGGCUCUGCUUGCAAAGUUUUUGGCAAUUUGCGGAUUUCCCAGUUGCCUUGAAAAAGUAUUUUAUCCUUGCUUAUCUAUGCUGCCAGUGCUGA